AUGUUCGUCCAGCUGCACCGUGUGGUGUACCUGCUGGUACUCCUGCAAUGUUGUGUGUGUGUGGCGUACGGGAACACCGAGGCGGGUGUUGGAGGCCACGGGACAAGUGGUAGCGGGGGAGAUGUUCUUGGUGAAGAGAUGAACGUUUUGGCGUUAACGCCAAAACCCGUAAAUGUAAAUUAUACCGACGCAGAAAUCAAUGGCGAUCAGGAGAUCGAUACGGAUUUGAAGCUCGUUGUAAAGCAGACGUUGUUAAGGUUAAGGGAUUCACAGAUUCCGUUUGCGAAUGCGACCGCCUGUAAGUCCAUAUGGGAAAGGGCGAUCGAAGCAAAUAACGAAACCGUGAAGAAGUCCAAGGAUGCCGUCGAGAAAAUCAAGAAUUUUGGCGAAAGAAUCGACAAUUUUACGGAGAAAAAAAACAAAGGGGAAAAUAAACUGAAGCUGAAAGAUGGUGUGGAAGCGGAGGGGUUCAAGAAGUUGGUUGACGAGAUUAAUGCGGAACUGAAGAAAAGCAAGAGCGAGAUACCAGAUGCGAAGAAGAUGGAAACAAUUGACGGAGCAGUCUAUACCAAACACGUUUGUCUGACUGUGCGUGGAAACGCCAAAAAUGCCCUGGAUAAUCUUAAACGCAGUCUAGAAGACUACGAGACGUUUAAAAAAGAAACUGCGAAGAGCACGAAGGCAAAAGAAGUAAAGGAAGCUGGCGAAAAUAGGCGCGACGCGUUGGAAAAGGUUUUGGCACAACUGAGACUUGUGGAAUUGGAUGCAGAACGAUCGGUUUCCAAAGCCAAAGAUCAGGUGAAGGAUUGGGCAGAUGCUUUGGGGAGGUUCUUCCGUCUCGGGGAGAUGGUCACGGCGUUGGCGAGUACAGAUGAUGCUCGCGCAGAAAGUGCAAUCAAGACAGCGAAUAAUGAAACCGUUGAAGAAAUAAAAAAGGUUGCCACUGAACAAAAAGUGAAGGACAUUCGCAAGCUUGUCAACGAAGUUGAUGAUGCGACGAAAACCCGGAGGGUGACGAUCGUCGAGAAAAUCAAGAAAGAGGUGGAGAGUGCCAAUGUAAAAGCGGCCGCACGCGUUGAAGAAGAAGUGAGAGAGGCCAUAAAAGCAAAGGAAAUUGCUGACGAAGAAGAGAGGGCGAGAAAGGCCAGGGAAGAAGAAGAAGCAAGAAGAGAUGCAGAAGAGAAGGCGAAGCAGAAGGCCGAAGAAGAGAAGGCUAGGAAGGCCGAGGAAGAAGAAGAAGCAAGAAGAGUUGCAGAAGAGAAGGCGAAGCAGAAGGCAGAAGAAGAGAAGGCUAGGAAGGCCAAGGAAGAAGAGGCGAAACAGGCAGCAGAGGUGGCGAAAGAAAAAGUGAAAGAAGAGGCUAAAAAAAAGAAAGAUGGUAGCAGCAGUCCUGCAUUGAUGCACAGUCCCUUAUUGCUGCUUCUGCUGUCUGUGUUGGGUUGCACUCUCGUUUGCUGA